AACUUCUGUUCCAAUUACGACGCUUCUUCCAGUGACGUAAUCCCGUCGUAAACCUCAAGCUUCCUGUAUUAAAAACUUUAUAUAAGAAGAGAGAGACGUUUCGUCACGUUGGUCAACAUUUUUUCUCAAUACCACGACGUUUAGAAUAACAUUAAGAAAAGAAUUUCGUGAAGGCACUCGUCUACAGAUGUGCUUAGGUUAUCUCGACGCUAUUGCUACACGUUACGACACUGGGCACAUUGCCAAGUAUUACAGCAUUAAAUACAGUUAGAUAAGUAACCCGGUGUCGUGUUUGUGUGUUAGGUAUCAUCGAGUGGGGAUUGUCCUGUGCGAAGAUCGAUUGCACGGAUAUAAAAAUGGGAGAAGAGUAUCGAACUACGACUGACGAUUCUUCCUUUCAAGAGGAAUUAAAGAUCAUUCAAGAACAUCUAAUGAAUAGAUACAAGACCAAUUAUGCAUAUAUGACACAUUUCCUUUGUAGUGAAGAUAACAACUUUCCAAUAGAAGAAAGUUUUGUGGAUGUGAAGCUUCAAAACACCGAUAUUUUACGACGCAAAACUGGAGAAAUUAUUCAAAUAAAAAACAUUUUUCCUAAAGAAACUAAAAUGCAUCGGACAGUUUUGAUCACAGGAGAUCCAGGAUGUGGUAAAACGACCAUUUGCAGAAAAAUCGCAUACGAUUGGGGAAAGAACAGAAAAAGUGAUGAUUAUUUAAGAGAAUUUGAUGUUGUAGUGUUAAUUGAAUCACAUGAAUUAGGAAAAAGAGAUGUGUAUAAUGCUGUAUUCGAAUACAUGAAUAAAGACUUCCACUUCACGAAUACGUUAAGAGAAACUACGUGGAACUUUCUGAUCAUUUUAGACGGAUUUGAGGAAAUUAUCUAUAAAGAAUCAUUAAAAGAUUUCAUAUCAGUCGAUUUGUUCUUCAUUUCUCCAAAAAUGACAGUUGUUGUUACGACUCGUCUACCUAUCGCAGAUGAAAUUAGUAUACACUUCGACAACCAAUAUUGCAUCGAAGGAUUCUGUUUAGAACAGAAAGUAAAUUACAUCGACUUAAUGAUUAAAGAAGACAAAGAUAAAAAGGAUUAUCUCACCAAUUUCGUAAAAAACGAUGCUUUCGAAUUAGCACAAUGCCCACUGAUGUUGCAAAUGUUAUGUUUCCUUCCUGACAGUACUGUUUACAGAGACAUAAAGACAACGACUGAUUUGUUCAUUUCCAUUUUUCAUGUUAUUAUACAAAGAUAUAAAAGAGAGAAAGAACACAAUCAAACACUGAAAAGGGGAACAUUUUUUGAUGGAGAAGAUUUAAUCCUAAAAUUAGGAAACUUGUGCUAUAUAAAGGAAUUUCAGCAAUUCAAUAAGGACGGUGUUUCAGGUACACAGAGAUUAACAGAAGAAGAUUUUCGGAAAAAGUUCAGUGAUGAUGAUGAAUACCAAUUCAUCGUUGGUCUGGAUAUAUUUAAGAAAGGUUCGGGUAAAAACAGUGAACAAUAUAUUGAAUUUAUUCAUAAAUCGUUUAUGGAAUUUGUCGUGGCUUUUUACAUUUUUCAUUCCAUGGACACAGUUACGAUUCCAUACGUACGUGGUGUUUUGUUAUUCAUUUUGGGUUUGUUUAGAGACGAUCCGUUUACAAGAAACUUCUUAAAUUUUCUCAGAAAAAACUUCUUUCAUCCCGUAACAUGGAGGAAUUUCUACAAUGAGAUUAGAAACGAAAACAAUAGAGAAAUAUUUCAAGAGGAAACGAGAAUUGUCUUUUAUUACGAUUGUUUCGACGAAUUAUUGAAAUUCUCAACUACUUCUGAGCUCAAUCCAAUAUACAUUUGCAUACCUGAUCCUUUUGAUAUUUACGAGUCAUUUAAUAUCUAUUUACACUUAUACCCAGAUUUUCAUAAUCCUAUUAAAAUCUACAGAAACACGAAAAAAGAGUUGGUUAAAUUAGACAAAAAUCUGCGCUGUAGUUACCAUCCUAAAGUAUACGUCAUAAUACAAAAGACAUUUUGUAAAAAUCCUCCAUCCGACCUUGGCGAUAGAUACAGAAAUCUUCAUAAAUCCGUUCAAUUUUUAAGAUAUUUAUUCAAGGGAGACGAUUGGAAAAACUUCAGCCUUUAUUUCCAUGGAGUCGUUCACAGUUUUAAUUCGGAAUUUUCUAUUAUCUGCGAGGAAAAUGUUGAGACUUUUAGUAAAAUUGAUCGAGAUUCUGCAGAAGAGAUGAGAAAGGAACUUAAUUCGGUAUUUAUAAGAGAGGUUAUAAACAAGGAGAGUGCUUCCAGUGACCCAACCGAAGAACCAAUGGAUUGCUUGGAACCAUUCAGAUUGAUCGAUUUAUCUUCAGACAGGGUUAAUUUAAUUAAUAUAAUAUAACCCGAAAUACAUCCCUAUAGUUGAAGGUCGGAGGAGGCAUCUUAUAUCCCAUCCUAAAUUUGGCCAGGACCAGAAUGGAACCCGACGUAUUCCGGACGAAAUAUCUUCCGAAAAAUUCUUAGAGUCGCUUACUUGGAUUGGAUCCUGGAUGCUCCAUAACUGAAGGCUUACACUUUAGAUUCCUCCGCCACGUGGCAACAUUAUUCUGUAUUAUGACAAUCGCUAGGAAUUAAAGGAGAGAGAAAAUGUUGAU